AUGAGGACUAUUCUUGGAAAGAGAGGGGAGCCUCUUCAAGAGCUUAUGAACUUCUGCGUCGUUGUGCCAGUGUUCUUAGCCAUGGGUUUCUCUCUUUCGUAUGGUGGAGGGGUCACCGGAUACAAAACCUUUUAUACUCUGUUUCCCCAAAUUAACACGACGACGACAACGGGGGCAAUCAAAAAUCACAACUCUUUGAUCCAAGGAACCACUGUCUCUUCCUUGAACUUAGGGGCAGCUCUUGGGUGUCUAACAACGAUGUAUUUGGGAAACAAGCUGGGAAGGAGAAGAACGGUCAUGCUAGGAGCUAUUAUUGCCUUGAUUGGUACAAUUCUGCAAUGUUCGGCAGACUACCUAGCUCAACUGAUCAUUUCGAGAAUGGUUCUAGGGGCAGGGCUUGGCCUUAUGUCUUCGACGGUUCCCGUCUGGCAAUCUGAGACAAGCAAAGUGCACAAGAGGGGUCACCAUGUCAUCAUAGAUGGAAUCUGUAUCGCUGCAGGUAUCGCCUUAUCAUCAUGGCUCACAUUUGGUUUUUCCAAGGCAGACACCACUUCGUCAUGGAACUGGCGACUUCCCUGCAUGACCACUGGUAUCCUCGCGAUUGUUGUAAUGAUAUUCACCUUCUCAUUCCCGGAAUCCCCGCGAUGGCUUGCUCUCCAGGGUAGAUACGACGAGGCUCGGGAGGUCAUCGCCUUGGUCGAUGACGUUGAACCACACAGUGAACACACCGAAUUCGUCCUUGCUUCUAUCACAUCGGCAAACGAGCUAUCCGCGGAAUCGGCUUCGUUCUCCAGUCUCUUCAAGUAUGGAAAAGAAAAAAUGCUAUACAGGUUAUUGCUGGCGGCUGCGACUCAAAUGUUCUCUCAGAUGUCAGGCUCUGCUCUCAUCACCUAUUACUCUUCCCAACUAUUCAGCACCAUUGGCCUUUCCAAGGACCUCUCGAAGAUUCUUGGUGCUACAGACUUGACCUUCAAGCUGAUUUGUUGCGCUAUACCUUUUUUCUUGAUCGAAAGAGCCGGUAGGAGGAGACUUUUGAUGAUUGCAGCUUCCGGCAUGAGCACAUGCAUGUUCUGCUUGGCUAUUUGUGGUUCUCAAGUAACUGAGGAUAAUCUCAUUCCGGCUUAUAUCGCCAUCGUAUUCGCCUUUAUCUUCGUUGCCUUUUAUCCCAUCGGUUUCCUUGGUGUCAACUUCUUGUAUUCUCAAGAGGUUAUCACUACCAGAUACCGUGCUCCCGCAUCAGGUAUCUCUACUGCUGUCCACUGGUUAUCUGCUUUUGUCGUAGCCUUGACUACGCCUAUCGGAUUCACCUCUUUGGGUUGGAAGUUUUACCUCGUUUGGGGUUCCGUUGCCCUAUCUAUCAUACCCUCGGUUUACUUUUUCUACCCCGAGACGACCGGUCUCUCAGUUGAAGAGAUUGACCAAGUGUUCAUUGACUCCCCGGGUGUGCUUGCGACGGUCGGAUUAGCGGAGCAACGUCGAAAGGAGAAGGCCUUAGAGCAGGAAGUCAUUGUCGGUCAUAUCGAAGAACACAACCAAGCGAAAAAGGCGGAAGAGCAACAUGAACAGGCUUUGGUAGAGAGUAGAGUAUAG